CCUUAGUUUGACUGGCUGUGGAGAUGUAGUUCACCAGAAAAAUACUGAUGUGAUUUCUUGUGCACAGUCAGCUGUCUGUAAGAAUAAAAGAAUGACUAUGAAGAUUAGUUGUUGGAAACUGUAAGAAACAGAUCCCAGAUCUCUCUUACUUGGCAGUUAACUUCUUUAGGAAGGAGUCUUGCUUCAGAAGACUCACCUCAAGAUGCACAUUGCCCCUGGUAAGCUGCCGUUAUUCCUGAUGGGGAUAGUUUGUAUUACAGAGUUUCAUGCUGUACCAUUCGUUCUUCAGAAAGAUCCUAAGUGUGGGCAGAAAGUUCAUGAGACAAAUCCGUGGAGUUACCUUAACCUUUUCACUCGGAUUGUUGGGGGGAGCCAGGUGAAACAAGGCUCACAUCCAUGGCAGGUUUCCUUGAAACGAAGGCAGAAGCAUUUCUGUGGAGGCACCAUUGUUUCUGCUCAGUGGGUGGUCACAGCAGCUCACUGUAUCUUAGACAGGAACAUACUCGAGUAUUUGAAUGUCACUGCAGGAGAGCAUGAUUUGAGGAUCUGGGAGAGUGGAGAGCAGACACUCCCCGUUAAAUAUGUCAUUAAGCAUCCAAACUUUGACCCCAGAAGGCCGAUGAACUACGACGUUGCCCUUCUGAAGCUAGAUGGAGCCUUCAGCUUCAGUUCAUCAGUUUUGCCAGCAUGUCUUCCUGAUCCAGGUGAAAAGUUUGAAGCAGGAUAUAUCUGUACUACUUGCGGCUGGGGACGUUUAAAUGAGAAUGGAGUACUCCCUCAAGUUUUAUAUGAAGUCAAUCUACCAAUUCUGAAUAGGAAGGAAUGUUCAAGAGCUUUGUCAUCUUUAAAGAAACCUAUCCAAGGGGACACUAUAAUGUGUGCUGGAUUUCCAGAUGGAGGAAAAGAUGCCUGUCAGGGAGACUCAGGGGGCCCUCUUUUGUGCCGACGUAAGCACGGUGCCUGGAUUCUCGCUGGUGUGAUCUCCUGGGGGAUGGGAUGUGCUCGUGGCUGGAUAGGUAAUGAGAAGAAGAAAUAUUAUGAAAGAGGAUCACCAGGAAUAUUCACAGACCUCAGUGCGGUGCUUUCCUGGAUUCAAGAAAAUAUGAGUGCUGACCUGAAAAUGAAAAGUUCUACACCAUUUUGUGGUGUUCAAGAUGGCAAGCUCCCAAACAGUGAAGGAGAACUACAUUUUCCUGGAAGUCUCAAACAGUUCUAUCAAAACCACCAAUUGUGUGUAUGGACUCUACUUGUACCGGAAGGAAAUUAUAUAUUGCUUCGUUUUUCCCACUUUGAUAUAGAGCCAGAAACAUUUUGUGACUAUGAUUCUUUAUCAGUCUAUUCAAAAGACAACAGACUUAUUGGGAAAUUCUGUGGAGGAGAUCUUCCAUUACCUAUUUUGAUUGGCUCCAAUAGUAUAAGGCUGAAGUUUGUUUCUGACAGCAAGGAUUAUGGAACUGGUUUUUCUUUGAUGUACAAAGCUCUUACACCAGAUAUACUUCCUAAUUCUGGCUGUGAGUCCAUAGCUGUCCUUUUUGAAGAAGGAGUGUUACAAAGUAUGCACUAUCCAGAACAGUACAGUAAUCUGGCAGACUGUCAAUGGAUUAUUUGUGCGCCAGAGGACCAUGUAAUCAAGCUUACAUACAAAUCUUUUGAAGUAGAAGAGAGUGAAGAUUGCUCUUAUGAUGCUGUGACUGUGUAUGAAGAUGUGGGAAAAGAAGAGGAAAUUGCUAAGUCUUGUGGAUUUGACCUACCAGCACCUGUUUUAAGCUCCUCUGCUCUGAUGCUUGUUGUCUUUCACUCUGAUGAAACAGAGACCUUUGAAGGAUUCAAAGCUACAAUCUCUUUUGUACAUGUAACAGAUUUAGAUACUUUGAAUUCAACUAGUGAAGAAGUUUUUGAAGAUAUGGAUAUGACUGUAGAAGAAAUACAGGUUACAACAGAUGAUAUUUGUGGAGUGCCUUCAAAUCAGCCCAGGUUCAUCUUCAGUAGGAUAAUUGGAGGUGAAGAAGCAGUACCAUACUCAUGGCCUUGGCAGGUCAGCAUACAAAUUUCAAAUGAGCAUAUCUGUGGAGGAGCUGUCCUUUCCAAAGAAUGGGUUGUCACAGCUGCUCAUUGCUUUAAUUCUAAGGAACUGUACAGAGACCUAUGGAUGGUGGUCACAGGACUUCAUGAUCUUACAGAACAAGAAGGGUACAGACAGAAAAGAUCAGUGAAGCAGUAUAUUAUACAUCCAAGCUUUAACAAAACCACGAUGGACUCAGAUAUUGCUUUACUGCGACUGGCUGAGCCCUUAGAAUUCAACCACUAUGUGCGGCCAGUGUGUAUCCCUGCGAAGGAAGAAGUGGUUCAGCCCUCAAGGGUGUGCAUUGUCACAGGAUGGGGAGCACGUGAAGAAGACAGAGAAAAGAGUAAAAAACUGCAUCAGCUGGAAGUCCCUAUCCUGGUGCUUGACACAUGUCAGACCUAUUACAUAAAUCUGCCCAGUAAAGUGACUCAGAGGAUGAUCUGCGCUGGAUUCCCUCCGGAAGAAGGCAAAGACUCAUGCGCGGGUGAUUCUGGUGGCCCAUUAGUUUGUCCUUCAGAAGAUGACUCAGGAUUUUAUACCCUUCAUGGAAUCACUAGCUGGGGCUUGGGCUGCGGAAGGAAGAGCUACCCAGGAGUAUACACAAAUGUUGCUGUUUUUGUGGACUGGAUCAAGCAGAGUGUUAAUACUAGUGAUAUUCCUAUGUUCAUGGUGUAGCUGUCAAAAGAGGAGUUCUGAUGGACUACAUUGUAAAACACUUCCAAAGUGCAAAUGUCAUUGGAAGCAACAUUUGGUGAAGCAUAUUAGAUUGUGAUUGGUGAAUAGAUUACAAAGUAGCUGAUACUUAGCUUGAUUCUUGUACUGCCUAUUUAUCUAAGAGAGACUUUGACCAUACCUGUAUGUUCUUGGGAAAUACAAAAGUUACUCACAUGCUUCUGGCAUUGUCAGUCUGUAUUAGAAGGAACAAUAGGGAAAAUGAGUCACCAUAUACUGGAUGUCAAGCAUGUCCUUGAAUGUAGCACUGGAGAGAACAAAAAUGAAGAUGAAAUAAGCACCUGUGUAAAACAACUGAAGGAGUAGUCAGUUAUCUUUCUAUUAAGAUCAACUAGAGUGUUACCUCUGGCUCUGAAAGGACCUAGGCAGUGGCAGUAGUAGUGCAUCUGUGAGGAGCAGAAGAACAUUGUCUAGUGAUUAGUGAUGUGAGUCAAUCAAAUUGCUGUGAAAAUGACAUUUUAAUAUGCCCGAAGUGAAGGUCCCUAUAGGCCUGAUCUGACCAAUUUGAGUGUUAAAAUACUCUUUUCAGCUGAAAAACCUGGCCAGCCAUACCAGUAAUAAAGGUACCUGCUGCUCCAGCAAGGAAGCUGAAUUACAGUGUAAAAUACUAUUUUUUUUCUGGUUCUUACCUAUUAUUUUUACUUUUUAAAAGCAACGUUUUUUUAAAGAAGUCAUGCAGUUUUGAGGAGUUAGAAUGUGCUUACUCCAUCAAUUGCCCAUUGUUGUAACAAUUUUUCUACAUGUAACUGCAUCAAAAGAACUUCUGUGCUUGUAGAAAGCUGCUACCAAAUGCAGAGAAGGCAUAACCAUCUCCAAAACUACUCAGGCUUUUGAGAUAUAAGGUAGGAUCAGCAGUGAGCCAGGAUGACUUGCACGACCACCACUUUCUGGUCUGCCUUCACAGUGGAAUUGUCCAUUAGUGUGAAGCCCUAUGUAUUAG